CAGAGGUUGAAAACGGAAACAGGAAGUUUACAACUGACUAGCUACACAUUUAGGUCCAGUUUAUUAGUGGUGUUAGCAAAAAGUGUUGUACAAAACAAAGAAACUAUGGUUUGCGACAAUUGUGAGAAGAAGCUGGGCAGGGUGAUAACUCCAGACACCUGGAAGGAUGGAGCAAGGAACACUACAGAGAGCGGUGGGCGGAAGCUGAAUGAGAACAAGGUUCUGACAUCUAAGAAGGCUAGGUUUGAUCCUUAUGGGAAGCCAGGAAAAUCAGGAAAGUCGGGCUUUGGCAUCUGCCGAAUCUGCAAGAGCUCUGUUCACCAAUCAGGAUCUCACUACUGCCAGGGCUGUGCCUACAAGAAAGGGAUCUGUGCCAUGUGUGGGAAGAAGGUUCUGGACACCAAGAACUACAAGCAGACCUCCGUCUGAUAGUCUUCUGACAGGCCACCAGUAUAACCAGAGAAAGAAGGGGAGGAGUGAGAAAGAAAAGGAGGGAAAGGGGAAGGAAGGUGGGCACGAGAAAUGACCGCUUUAUUGUGUAGCAGGCUUGCUUUGACCCUGCCUAAAUCUCUCGUAGCAGAGAUACAGUCAAAAGGUUCUUACUCUUUCCAGCUCUCUCGUGUGUGUGUGUGUGUGUGUGUGUGUGUGUGUGUGUGUGUGUGUGUGUGUGUGUGUGUGUGUGUGUGUGUGUGUGUGUGUGUGUGUGUGUGUGUGUGUGUGUGAUGGAGCCCUCCCUAUUGUACAGAUCCUAUAACCCUCUGCAAUAAGUGGCCAGUACUGUUCCACACACCAAAUCCGAGACUACUUUUAGUUUUAAUACCUGGACUGAUGGCUUCUCUCCGGUCGUGUCAAACCUGCUCUGAUACAGGAGUUUCCUUUUAUCAAUUCAUUGGAAAUUAUAUCAAGUGUCAUGUUUUUGAGUGUAUUAAUAUAAUACAUAUGUAAUGGCAAUUAAAUUAUUAUUCAUCAACUUUG